AUGGAUGACGAAUUCAACUAUUCCGCCGACGACGCCGAGCGCGAGACCAUCCGCGUCUGGCGCACAUGGCGAACAGUUUUUGAGAUGCUGCAGGACCGCGGCUACGAAGUAACAGACGAAGAAGUCAAGAUCGAGCUGGACGAAUUCAAAAGCAAAUACGUCGGUGAAAAAGGAUACCCAAGCCGCGAAAAGCUCAAGAUCCAAGCCCGCCCCACCGAAGCCAUGAAAGCGAAAUACACACCCCUUCCCUCCCCCUCAAACCGCGACCCGCAACCAGACUGCGGCACAAUCUACAUCGAAUUCUGCCCGGACGACAGCGGCAUUGGCACAAAGCAAGUCCGAACCUUCAACCACACCGUCGACGAAGGAAACUUCCACACUGGAGUCUUCAUCACCAAGACGCCCAUCUCCCCCUCCGCCGUCCGUCUGCUUAGCGGCAUCCCCGGCCGAAUCUGCGAGCACUUCCAGGAGCAGGAUCUACUGGUGAACAUCACGCGGCACGAGCUCGUCCCGAAACACGUGCUUCUGAGCCCCGAGGAGAAGGGCAAGCUUCUGCAGAGAUACCGGUUGAAGGAGUCGCAGCUGCCUAGAAUCCAGGUGUCGGAUCCUGUUGCGAGGUACCUGGGUCUUAGGCGCGGGCAGGUUGUGAAGAUUAUCCGGAAGAGUGAGACUGCGGGCAGAUAUGCCAGUUACCGCUGGGUUAUCUGA